AUGGCUGACAAACUCAGCACUCUCCCGACAGAGCUGAUCCUCAUCAUUCUCUCGCACCUCCCUCUCAGGUCGCUUCUUGCUUUCGGAGCAACGUCCCGGCUGAACUACGAGCGUCAUGUCCUCUCCGUCAAGAGUCUCCGGCUGGCUGUCUUCCAGAGACGCCUUUACUCUAUGAUCUCCUUCAUCCAGGCCGGUUGGGUCUUACCGGGCGACAUGCUCACAUUCGACAAGCACCCGGAGGGGGCAGAUGUCGACUGCACCGUGUCCAUCAUCUUACCCCGCACCAGCCAUGUCAGUGAGGACAGCCUCACCUAUCCCCUCGAGGGAAAAGAAUGGCGAAUCCGUCAGCUCAUGGCUGGUCGAGAGCGGCCAAGAUCAUUGGCUGAGAUGGUCCGCAUACAGAACAUCAUCUUCUCCAAGGUACUCAGUCGGUACGGAGGUUCGCUUUGUCAUCUCGAGCUCAUGGGGUACGACCUGAACAUGGAGGGUGCUGCUGCCCUAGGCAUGAAUUGUGGUGCCUCGUUGCGUCAUCUUGCGCUGCGUUUCGAGCACCCACACGUUCGUGACGGGCUCACGAGACCGGAAGCUUGGUUUGGGCCGCCGCCAGCCAGCACGGCCUGGAAUGCAUUGGGUGGGAUCGGGACGUGCAAGCAAUUCGGAAACAUCACUCGUCUGAAGACUUUGAUUCUCGAACGGGCUGGCAUCACGCCAUGGCAGCUGCUGAGGCUGGUCAAGAAAAACCCGGAGAUUACAACGUUGAAGUUGAGGACGUGCAACGGUGCGCAGCCCGAGUUUUUAUAUUGGCUCGGGGGUCUAGCCGGAGCCGGAGACGGAGAAGAGGAUGGCUCUCCUGAAGAAGAAAGCAAUCAAGAUACACAUGCGCCGGGUGCAAGGCUAAAGGUCCUAUGGCUCGAGAAUUGCACACAACUCCUCUCAAAUCCGAGUGAGAUUCUCGACAAUCGGGACGAAAACGCCGAUACAUGCGAUCGCGGGCUUGAAUGGGUUAGAGGACUGAAAAGCCUCGAGUCCCUUUCGUUCAAAAAGUGCACGAACAUUCCCUCCGAGUACGCCGACACAGCCAACAGGCUCCUCUGGCAUAUCCCCGAGCUCAUCCUUCCGACUCCUCUUUACCGACAGAAGGCUAGCCUUGAUUCGGGAUGA